CCCUUAGACUUUACAACCUUACUACAGUCUUCAUAAUGAGUUACGGCGGCAGCUACAGCGGCGGCGGCUUCGGUGGAGGAGGAGGAUACGGUGGCGGUGGCGGAGGUUAUGGUGGUGGUCGUGGUGGAUGGAGCGGAGGGGGAGGGGGAGGCCACGGGGACCGCAUGGACGGCCUCGGUGGCGGUCUCAAAAACAUUGACUGGUCCUCUGCAAAGCUUGAGCGCUUUGAGAAAAACUUCUAUGUCGAGGACAAGCGUGUCUCAGCCAUGUCCGACAGAGAGAUCGAAGAGUUCCGUCGCACCAAGGAGAUUAAGAUCCAUGGUCGUGAUGUCCCAAGACCAGUGACUUCGUUUGAUGAGCUCGGUUUCCCGGAAUAUAUCCUUUCUACGAUUCGGGCACAAGGCUUCCCUAACCCUACGCCCAUCCAAUGUCAAGCUUGGCCAAUGGCUCUCAGUGGUCGUGAUGUUGUUGCCAUUGCUCAGACUGGUAGUGGCAAGACGAUCUCGUUUGCUCUUCCUGCUAUGUUGCACAUCAAUGCACAACCCCUCCUGGCACCAGGUGAUGGUCCCAUCGCCCUUAUAUUGGCACCAACUCGUGAACUUGCAGUUCAAAUUCAGCAAGAGUGUACUAAAUUUGGGUCGACCUCGCGCAUUCGCAACACUGCCAUCUACGGUGGUGCUCCCAAGGGCCCUCAAGUCCGCGACCUCACUAGGGGUGUUGAAGUUGUCAUUGCAACGCCAGGUCGUCUGAUUGAUAUGCUUGAGUCUGGGCGCACCAACCUUCGUCGUGUGACUUACCUUGUCAUGGAUGAGGCUGACCGCAUGCUUGACAUGGGUUUCGAGCCUCAAAUUCGGAAGAUUGUGUCUCAGAUCCGUCCGGAUAGACAAACGCUGAUGUUCAGUGCCACCUGGCCGAAAGAUGUCCAGAAACUGGCCAAUGACUUCUUGAACGACUUCAUUCAGUGCAACAUUGGCUCUAUGGAGCUGACUGCUAACCAUAACAUCGCGCAAAUCGUUGACGUUGUCAGUGACUUUGAGAAGCGCACUAAGCUCAUCAAGCACCUCGACCAAAUUAGUGCCGAAAAUGCCAAAGUCCUCAUCUUCGUCGGGACGAAGCGCGUGGCGGAUGAUAUCACCAAAUACUUGAGACAGGAUGGAUGGCCGGCGUUGGCCAUCCAUGGUGACAAAGAACAGCGAGAACGUGACUGGGUUCUAAGCGAAUUCAAGGCUGGACGCUCACCGAUUUUGAUUGCCACGGAUGUUGCAUCGCGUGGUCUCGGUACGUUUUUCAUACUGCAAGCGCUUCAUCAGGGUACAAUCUCCGAGUCGCAUCAUACUGGUAAUCACACCCGCAUUGAGCGGGAGGUCUGUGUUUGCUAACGUCUGGCUCAUCGAACAACACUGGCUUUGGCCAUUGUUACUUGUUCAUGGGUUUCGAGGAUUCUCGUAGGCCAACCCAGCAGGACAUUUCGCCAUGGAUGCCCUAAAUCUUGUCUUGAAGAUCCUUAUCCUUGAGCUAUUUUGUUUGGCGAUGUGCUUUUCGUGGUAGUCACGAAGUAGCUUACUGUCGACAGCUUGCUUGGAUGAGGACUCUGAUGAACUUGAUGCGGGAACAUGUCUCUUGCUUGGACGGUCUGGACCCUUCCCUGUUGUGCCAGAAACAAACACUUUCCUUACCAUGCGAGACCAUCAGUUUCCGUUGAUGGUCACUUUGUGCUCUGUUCUUGAACGCGCUUGCAACGUCUCUCUGGUUCGGUUUCUAACCACUUUCUUGGGUUCCUUCUCGUUUGUCGAAUCUACGAUUUAUCGCCUUGCUGUGCUUUCUUGAAUAAUGCACAUCUUACUCUAAAGAUGUCAAGGAUGUAGGCUAUGUGAUCAACUAUGAUUUCCCCAACAACUGUGAAGACUAUAUCCAUCGCAUUGGUCGUACAGGGCGUGCUGGCAUGAAAGGCACCUCAUACACUUACUUCACCACCGAAAAUGCGAAGUCUGCCCGCGAGUUGAUCACCAUCUUGCGCGAAGCCAAAGCUGUAGUACCCCCUCAGCUGGAGGAGAUGGCCAUGUACAGCGGCGGAGGCGGUGGUCGCAGUCGCUAUGGCCGUGGCCGCGGUGGCGGUGGUGGAGGUGGGGGCGGAGGCCGGUGGAGUGGUGGAAACCAUGGUGGCGGAGGGGGCGGCUACGGCGGUGGUUUCGAUGGUGGUUACGGCGGCGGCGGCGGCGGCGGUGGAGGGAGGGAACGGUGGUAAAUCCUCCCGACUGUUCGAUGUUGUCUACUCUUUCGGUAUACUAGAGGACCCAUAGAUAGUGGCGAUUUUGCUACUGCAGUUCACUCUUAAUCGAUCAUGGACAUGUUUCCGUUCCGAG